AUGAAGGAGAUGGUCGGUGGAUGUUGUGUCUGUUCAGACGAUCGCGGCUGGUCGGAGAAUCCGCUAGUGUACUGCGAUGGUCAAAGCUGUGCGGUGGCCGUGCACCAGGCGUGCUACGGUAUUGUGACGGUACCGAGUGGGCCUUGGUACUGCCGGAAGUGCGAAAGUCAGGAGCGGUCAGCGCGGGUACGCUGCGAGCUCUGCCCGUCCCGGGACGGGGCCCUCAAGCGAACGGACAAUCAGGGAUGGGCCCAUGUCGUGUGCGCGCUCUACAUUCCCGAGGUACGCUUCGGGAACGUAACGACGAUGGAGCCGAUUAUUCUGCAGCUGAUACCUCAGGAGCGGUACAAUAAGACCUGCUACAUAUGCCAGGAGGUGGGCAAAGGAUCGCGGGCUACUGCGGGCGCGUGCAUGCAGUGCAAUAAAUCGGGAUGUAAACAACAGUUUCACGUCACGUGCGCCCAACAGCUGGGUCUGCUGUGCGAAGAAGCGGGCAACUAUCUGGACAACGUCAAGUACUGUGGCUACUGUCAGCAUCACUACAGCAAGCUGAAAAAGGGUGGCAACGUUAAAACCAUCCCACCGUACAAACCCAUUAGCCAUGAGGCUAACUCGAGCGAUGGUCCUUCGUCACCGGAGAAGGAAAUGGAACCUCCGCCACCGUCCCAACAGUACCCGGGCAGUGGUGGUGGCGGUGCGGUCGGCACGGGGAACUCGACCGUUGGCGGCAGUACCGGAAGCAGCAACAGCGGCACCAGCAGCACCGGCGGAUUGAAGUCAAACAGUAGUCGGCUCUCCGGUGAACCACCCUUGGGCAGUUCCUCGACGACCUCUUCCUCUUCGUCCUCCUCCUCGUCGAAGCAACGAAAAUCUUCGAGCGCCUCGAAAGGCUCAAGUAGUUCUAGCACUUCGGGCCCUUCCUCAUCCUCGGUCCUUGCGUCGUCAUCGUCCGGUAGUGCAUCGGGCAGUGGCAGUGCAGCGGGACUGUCCGCUUCUUCUGCAAUGCUGUCCUCUUCUUCGUCCUCGUCGGGCAUCGGUAGUGUGUCGGGUGGAACGGGCACCGGAAGCACCGGCGGAAUGGGUGGCAGCAAUGCAGGUGUUUCCAGUGGCGUUAGCAGUAGUGGCGGCUCUAGCAAAAGCAGCUCGGGAACAUCCGGUGGCACCGGUGGGAGUGGAGGCGGCAGUAGCAGUUCAAAGGAUAAGGACAAGUACAGCAAAAGUCGCGAUAAAAGCUCGAAAUCGUCCAAAUCCUCCAGCAGCAGCAGCAGCAGCAACAUCAAUAGCAAUAGCGGCAGCAGCAAUAGUGGCACCGGAAGUGGCGUCAAUUUCAGUACAAGUGGUGGUCCUGGUGGUGGCAGUUCAGCAACCAGCGGUCAAUCGAAAGACGUCGAUAUGUCACUCGCUGGACCCGGAUCUUCAUCCGUGUCAUCGUCCCUUCCGGGCGGUGGCUAUUCCUCUGCGCUGCUGGGGGGCACCAGUUCUGGGAAGCAUCCGACGGAGAAGUCGGACAAAUCGGGCGGAGGCAGUAAUCAGUCGGCGGUUGCCACCCUAACGUCAUCGUUCUCCGGUGCUGGUGGCGGCGGCGGAAGCGGUUCAUCUCGGGCCGCUUCUCUUUCACCGGCGGCCAUUCCGACGACGCUCAUUAUAAAACCUCCCCAGGACCACCUCGGAGGAAGUGCGAAGGAAGUGUUGUCGAAGGAGGCGAUGGCCAAAUUUUCGGCUUCCAACUUCACCGAAACGAUCGUGGUCAACUCGUCCGACUCGGUGUACAGCCACAACAGUGGUGGCAGCUCGUUGAGCCAAGGGCCGCCGACGACGACGGUGAUCGAGGGAGGAAAGCUGAGCGCCGUUGGGUCCGGCGGAUCCGGCACCGUUGGUGGUUCGUAUGGUGGCAGUUCCAGUAACUCGGCCACCGCCGGUUCCACUGGCAGUGGCGGUGGAGUAGGUAAGAAAAGGAAGGCCGACACCCGUUCCACUCCGACGUCUUCCGCCGGCAGCAGCGAGAUCGAUAAUAACCGGGACCUGAUUAAGGAUGUGGCCGUUUCCAUUGUGCCAUUAGCAUUGAACAAACACGAUCAUGCAGAGCUAUCUUCAGUAAUCGGACACGAGAAGAGCGUUAAAAAGGCGAAAACCGAAACCAGUUCCAGCUCGCCGUUGCACUCGCACCAUCCGGCGACAGGAUCGACAGCGGCAGCAGCGCUGGCUGGCGGUGCCGCCGAGCCGAAUCUGCAAAAUGUUAAUCCGAAUCUGUUGCAAUCGUCGAACAUCAUCUCCACACUGUCCUCCGCGACGUCGUCGUCGUCGUCCUCUUCGGCGACAUUAGUUUCCUCCGCGGCUGCUAAGCAGCAUCAGCUUCAAACACCACACUCACCUCAGCUGCUGCAGCAGGCGCAGGGCACAGGGUCACAGCCGCCGCCACCCGGCCAACCGAGCCUCGUGGUGUCCGUUCCUCUUUCAACAGCUACCGUACCUGGAGUUAAUCUACCCGCUAGUAACAGUAGUACUAAUGGCGCUCACAAUAGCCACAGCAGCAGCAGCAGUGGCUCCAGUAGCACCACCACAAGUGUCGUGAGCAGUGGCCACGUUACGCAUAGCGCGAGUCACGGCGGCGGCGUCGGUGGCGCUAACACACCGAACAUCAUCGUAUCGCCCGCACAGCUCGCCACCGGUGCCAGCUCCGCCGGUGGCCCCAAUCUGUUUCAGCAGAUUUCGCACCGUGCCGGCGAUCAGCUGAUGAAUGCCAGUACGAACCGGUCUAGUCCCGUCAUACAGCACCAAUCGGCCACGCAGCACAUCAUCCAGUCGACAUCGUCAUCCUCGGCUACGUCCUCGUCAGUAACGAUCACUUCCCAUCAGCAGCAGCAUCAGCAGCAACAGCACCAUCAUCACCACCACCAUCAUCAGCUGGAACGUCAGUCGCCCUCGAUGCGGCCUUCGCCAGGAAGCGGCAGUGUAGCAGCAGCCUCCGGAGGCAAUGUCAUCACCGCGAUCCAUCAGCACCAUCACCACCAACAACACCACCAAGCGGAGCUGUUAUCGGUUGGAUCCGGGCCCGGCGGAGGAUCGGUCCUGCAAAGCAUCUCGCCCAUACCGAUGAGCACCAUCCAGAGCACGUCCCUUCCGUCGCCCCUGAUCGGUGGCGGUGGCGAGAGCAAUAGCAGCGGCGGUGGUGGUGGCGGUGGUCUGAAGAUUAGCUACGAAAAGCAAACGACUACCAACGUCCGGAUAGCGGCGCUGCAGGAAGAGGAAUCGGUCUCGGGCCGGAGAUCGAGAUCCCACUCGCGAGAACGUAGUGGUGGUGGUAGCGGUGGAAGCAAUGGAAAUCCGGCCACCACUACGGCGGGCGGUGGCAAAACUCGCACCUCCAAAAAGCGUUCGCAGCAGCAAAAGCAACCGCAACAACUGGCACCGGAUUCUCGUGGAUCACCGGGUCGCGGAUCGACACCACCAGCUCCUGCGUCUUCGGAUGCGUAUCGACAGUACGGUCCGGGCAGUGACGAACAGCAUCAGCAGCCGCCGCAGUAUCAGUCUGCUGGCGGUGGAAGCAACGCACCGGCCGGAGGUGGAAAUACGGCCAGCAACAAUGGCAGCGUGUUGUCGAUGGCUGCUGGUACCGGGUCCGCUACGGCUUCCGUUGUUGUGGGCAGCUCCCAGCAGAACCAUCAUCACCAUCAUCAACAACAACAGUCACACUACCAGCAGCAGCAGCAGCAGCAGCAGCAACAGCAUCAUCAGCAGCAUUCCCAUCAUCAACAGCCCUCGCUACUGUCGGUCGGAACUGUGGGAGACAAAAUGCUUCCAUCAUCGAGUGGUGCUUCUAUCGCGUCUCUUCCUUUUGCCUCGACCGGUGGCAUCCACGCCGUACAAUCGUCUCCAUCGGUUGCUUCAUCUUCCGCCGCAGCAUCCACUCAAUCGUCUAGUCACAUUUCCAGAAGUAAUACUCCCAGCAGCAGCGGACUGCCGUCUGGACCGCCUUCGGCAACCGAUGGGCGCAAUGUUAUCGAAAUGGGUGGCGGCCACCCCGGAAUGGGUUCUUCGGUCGGCUACCAUGGAGGUGGCAUCAUUUCAAGCUUUUCGCAUCCACCAUCGAACCAUCAUCAAGGCGCCGCGAGCGGCAAUAAUAUUGUACAUUCCGCGGGCAGCGGCGGGAUUACGGGCAAAUCUGCCAGUAAUGCCAACAAUAGCAAUGUUGAUCCAUUCACUCAACAAGCACCACCACACCUUCAUCAACACCACCAGCAGCAGCAGCACCAUUAUCAAGGAACCGCCGGUGGCCAAACGGUUCUGGCCAGCAGCAAUACACAACAGCAGUCGCAGGGGAGCAACAGGAACAGUGCCAACAAUAGUAGUAGCAAUAGUAGCAACAACAGUAGCAAUAAUAAUCUUAUCAACACCACCACAACAACCAUCACAACCACCACCAGUACUGGUGGUGGUGGCACCAGCAACAGCACCACCACUACCAUUGCCCACAGCAACUUGGCCAACAACAAUCAUAAUAUGUCUAACAACAACAGCAUCGUGUCAACGGUCACGCACACGAACAAGAAACACCGUGCGGCGGUGGCGGCGGCAGCGGCAGCGGCUGCGGUGGCCUCAACGCACCAAACAAUCGUUGAACUUUCGUCGCCAUCUACUUCCAGAACGCCCGACAACAUGUCCACGAGCGCCGCUUCCGGCGGUGGUGGGCUCAAGUUUUCCUACGAAGCCCAAACAACGAACCCGAUGAUGUCCUCGCUGGCACUGACGACCGGUAGCAGCACGGUAAUUGCCACUCCGGCGUCGAUGGUACCCCAGGUGAAGGAUUCACCGCCCAGUUCGCCGGACUCCGAAGGUGGACCGAUCGGUAGUGGGCCGAUUAACAGUAGAGGCACGAAACGGAACCGCAAGAUGGCAGUGAUGGCACCACAACCGCCGGUGGCCGCAGUGGCCGCAAUCGUUCCCACACCGGCCAUCGUUGGUGGUUCGCAGAAUGAAGCGAAGGAAGGCAAACUGUUUCAGAACGGUAUCGGUGGUGGCGCUGGUGGCAGUGGCGCGAGUAACAUCGUAUCGGCCACGCAUAUGCUGGGAAAUCAGCUGAACACGAGCAGCACCGUGGCACAGAAGAUGUCCGAUCAGCUAACGAUGGAACUCGAGGCGCACACCUACGUACCCGUUAUGGAUGCCGAGCGGCCGACAAUGAUGGGACCACAGUUUCCUGGCAAGAACCGCGCAAACAACACGCAACCACCGCCGCCACCGCCCGGAGGUGGUGGCGCUUCGUUGAGCUCGAUGCUCUCCGGGGGAGCAACCGCGACAGCGAACGGCAACACACCGCAGAGCUUGGAACAGCUGCUCGAACGGCAAUGGGAGCAAGGAUCUCAGUUUCUUAUGGAACAAGCGCAACACUUUGACAUUGCAUCACUGCUGUCCUGCCUGCACCAGCUGCGGAGUGAAAACAUCCGGCUGGAGGAACACGUCAACAAUCUAGUGGCCCGUCGGGAUCAUCUGUUGGCGGUGAACGCACGGUUAGCCAUUCCGCUGAACCCUUCGGCCGCCAUGGGUGGUGUCGGAAUUUUAGGCGGCUCCGGUGGCACCGGCGGCGGUGGUGGUGGUGGCGGCGUGGGACAAUUCAACAACAUCCAUGGCAAUGGGCCAAUCGACGGGAUCACCAACAGCAGCAACAGUUCGACGAACCGAUCGGCACGUGUUGCACAGCACGGUGGGGGAUCGCAUCAGACACCGUCCCAGCAGCAGCAAGUGACCGGACAUCCCAGUGUUGCCGUGGCUCCUCAACCGCUCGAAAACGGUAUCGAUUUUCGGCACACAAACUCGUCAUCCCAUCCGAACGCCAAUAGCGCUUCGAUCAGUGAAAAACCCAAUACGAUCUAUGUGAACUUUUGAUCCUGCCUCUCGUAUUUAAGUACUCUCCCCACACAACACAAAACACACCACGCAAAUAUAGGCGAGAAAACCCCUCGAGUGCAGGCGAUGUUGACGUGCAAUUACAUUUUCAUUAGCUAAAAAAGCGAUACUGCCAUUGGGACCGGCGUUAGAGGGGGGUCUAGAAAGAGAGAAAGGGAGAUAGAGAGAAAGAGCGAGAAUCAUGUGAAGGAAGCCGCGCGCGUACUUGCUCAGUUAGAUUAGACAACGGUAGCGUGUAAACGACGUAGCAGAGCGCCAUGGCACGCCAGCGCCAGUAGGGAAGUAAGUCCAGUAUGUUAAAGUAGUAAAAAUAUUCGAUACAUUUCGAUCGGUUGAUUCCGAUACGGAGGGGAAGCAAACCAUUAACCAUACCGGGCUCGCCUCUGGGAUGGAGGCGGUCCGAGUUCUUCUAGCAAUAAUCCCCUUGAACCCCGGAAGCGUAGCCUUUUGUCGGCUCUCGAGACUGGGUCGGGGCGGUUCUAGAACAUCUAGAAUUAAUAGGCCACUACGGUUUUGUUUUUGUUCUUCGAAAUCGACCUCGAAACACUAUCAAGGCGUGUGCGAAUGUUUUUAUUUAUAAAAUUUAUAAUCUUAAUUUCGAUUCCAACACAACAACCCCGAGCGGCCCAGAUCGAGAGUUCAGUGUCUCCCCUAACUGAUCUCGGCAGGAUCUAGGUGCUGGUUUGCGGUUGUGUUGGCUAGUUUCGACCGGUUUUAUUUGGUAAAUAUUUUACCCAUAUCCUGCCCGUCCUAAAGUAAGUGCCCUCUGUUUUAGAGCGCGCGCGCGCUCGCGCACACCUACGAUCAUUCUGUGAAGUGGGCGAGCUUGUUUUUAGUGUAUUUUUCUUUUCGCUUUCCCAAAAACGAGUUUGUUCCUUUUGACCCUGACCACCCUUCACGCUUCCAGUAGCGAGACGAUGUUUGUAUUUAUGUUUUCGUUUUUCGUUUACCUGUAUCUUAGCCCAAAUACGUAGGGAGAUAGUGUUAACAAGAAGGAAGAAUGCCCCGUAAGCCGGGCACUAGACGACACACAGAAAGUUAGCUAAAAUAUAAAUGAUUUUUUGUUUCAUUCGUCGUGCGGUGUAGAAAGUAGACAAAACAAUGCACGCUAUGGGGGGAAGCUUCCGAGCCGUGCGAAUUCAUAACUUCUCCGUAUAUACCUCCGGUGGGCCCGCUUCUCGUGGCCAACCUUUCAUGAAAUUGCGCUUCGCAGCAGGGAGACAACAUGUGUGGGUAGAUAAACAAAAGAAUAAGCAUCUUGGCCAACAACUGCAUCGCCGCGGAAUGAA